UAAACACAACUGGUUUGCUGUUCCAUCAGUUCCAACAAGUGAUUAGAUUGUGCCGCUGCCAAACAAACAAAAUGUCUGAAAACUCAAACGCGGAAGAAUUUAAUGCCGACGAGCUGGAGCCCCCACAGUGGCUGAAUGCUACGUACUUGGAAACAAUUCUGAGCACGUAUGAAAGUGCACCAGAAUUGAAGGUAACGGAUCUGAAAAUAUCCCCCGCGAGUGCCCAGGGAGAUCACUAUGCCAGCGUUAUGUUCCGCACCACAGUGGAGUACACGACCGGGAAGGGAACGUUCAACAAGCCACUGAUUGUCAAGACAAUGCCCGAGCAGGACGGCCACAAGAAGGACAUGCUGAGUGACAGCCAUCUGUUUGACACAGAGAUUGGAAUGUACUCCAAGGUGCUGCCAGAGUUCGAGAGAAUACUGAAGCAGACGGGAGAUGAUACCAAGUUAUAUGCGGCCUGCAUUUUCCAUAGCAUGGAACCGCGGCAGGUAAUGAUCUUCGAGGAUCUGGUGCCGCAAGGAUACAUUGUCGUUCGAGGACGUUCGGUUCGGGAGGAG